CAACGGCAAAUUAUUUGAAAUAUUGGAGCAAUUGAAAAGCCGAGCCCAGUGCCGAUGACAGCAAUUAACAGCAGCGACGACUACUGCACCAGCAUCAACAUAACAUCGACCAGAAUAGUGGUUGCAACAAAUUAAAGUGAAGAAUAUCGCAACAACAACAGCAAUAAUAAACCAGCAUUGAUGUACAAACAUUUACCAAUACAAAAAAGCUCAAUCAACUCAAUUUAAAUUCAUCGCCAACGUCGUCGUCGGCGCAGCAGUCGCAGUCGCUAGCGACCUCACUGGAGGCUGCCUCGUCCGAAACAGCAAGAAUACAAUCAUCAGCUUCGUUCGUCAUCAUUAGCAUAAUAAUCACCGAAGCUAUUUUAGCAACUGCAAUUGUAACUGAGAUAGUGCGGCGACAAAAGCAACAACAGUAGGCAAGAACAGCAAAAGCUUUAACAGCUGAUUAUGUCGCCAACGGCGAUGGCAUCGUGUGCUGCUGCCAACAGCUCUGCCACAGUCACAGCUGCCACAAUAUCAGCAUCAACAACAACUACAACAACCAAUGCAGCGUCAGCAACAGCCACUGCUGUUUGUUUACGUAAAUCACACUCAACGCCGGCUCUCACAUGCGACGGCAGCAACAUUAGCGAUAGCAGCUUUGUUGACAACAAAUGCUGUGUCCAAAGUCCUGUUGAAUCAGCGUUGGAAGCUGGCAACAUUGUCAACAAAGAUGUUGCGGCGAUCACCCACAUCAAGCGACAGCAGCAACAUUUACACGACAGCAACAAUGUUGAUGCAACACAGCCAACGACAUUUCGUUUCGGCUGCACGCACUACAAGCGACGCGCCAUGUUUGUGACACCCUGUUGCGAUAAGUUCUACAAGUGUCGCUUCUGCCAUGACGAGAACGAAUCGCAUCACUUCGAUCGCAAGACUCUAACGGAACUCAUCUGCUCCGAGUGCAAUACGAGGCAGAAGGUGCAGGAGCAAUGUGAGAAGUGUGGCGUACGCUUCGGCAAGUACACUUGCCUCAUUUGCAAUCUGUUUGAUGAUUCCGACAAGCAGCAAUAUCAUUGUCAUGGCUGUGGCAUUUGCCGCAUCGGCGGCGCUCACAAUUUCUUCCACUGCGAGGUCUGCAACAUGUGUCUGCCGAUGCAGCUGAAAAUCGAUGGACAUAGGUGCGUGGAGAACAUUUCGCGCUCGCACUGCCCCGUCUGCCUGGGCGACAUACACACCUCGCGCAUUCCGUGCCACAUUCCGGACUGCGGCCACUUGCUGCACAAGAUGUGCUUCGAUCAGCUGCUGGCAUCGGGUCACUACACCUGCCCCACCUGCCAGACGUCGCUGAUUGACAUGACGGCGCUGUGGGAGUAUCUGGAUGCGCAGGCGCUGCGCAUGCCCAUUCCGCUCAAGUAUGAGAAUCAGCGUGUGCACAUCUUCUGCAACGAUUGCCACAAGACUUCUAAAACCAAAUUCCAUUUCAUUGGGCUCAAGUGCGUCAAUUGCGGCGCCUACAACACCACACAGGACGUGAAGCGUCGCCUCUCGCUGGUCACCGAUGAGCCCACCACGGCCUGACACUCGCCACGGCUCCAGCGAUAUCUCUUGCCAUGCUCCACAUUUGAAGAUACUAAAUUUAUGAAACUGAAAACGAAACGCAUUGAAUUUAGACCAAAUUCGAGCUGGUAUCGAAUAUAAAUUAAACAAACAGCAGAA